UCCUCGGCCGACCAGGCUCCCGGGCGUGACUAUGGGUGGCGAGAGUUCGCUCCUGCUGCAGUCGCGGUCAUCAUGACGACGCCCGCCUGCUGCAGACCAUGGUCCAUGUUUCUUUUAGGUAUAUCUUUGGAAUUCCUCCCUUGAUCCUUGUUCUGUUGCCUGUAACUUCAUCUGAUUGUCACAUUAAAAAUAAAGAAGGUAAAGAAUAUGAGAAUAUUCUAAUGAUCAGCAUCAAUGAAUUGCUAGACAAAAUGAUAGGAACUGGUAGAAACUGUCUGAAUAAUGAACCAAAUUUUUUUAAGAGACAUUUAUGUGAUGAUACAAAGAAAGCUACUUUUCUGAAUCGUGCUGCUCGCAAGGUGAGGCAAUUUCGUAAAAUGAAUAUUAGUGAAGAGUUCAAUAUCCACUUGUUAAGGGUUUCCGAAGGCACACAGAGUCUGGUGAACUGCAGUGGCAAGGAAGAAAAACCCUUAAAGGAACAGAAAAAGAAUGAUCCAUGUUUCCUAAAGAGACUAUUACAAGAGAUAAAAACUUGCUGGAAUAAAAUCUUGAGGGGUGAUAUAUAAACAUGUGACAUUUAGUUGUAUCCUCCAAGAAUCCACCAGCAACUGAAGUUUUAGGGUCAGAAAGCACCCCAGAAGUUGCUGAAUGAGCACUUGAUGAGUCCAUACUGUAGUACUCGAAGCUGGAUAUAAGUAAUGGAAAUGGACGGCUACACUCAACAAACUACUUCCUGUCCAGGGCAGUGUACCUACUGGGAUUACACCUGUACUGAUUUUCUAAAACAGUCAUAUCAGGAUCACCAACUAUACUUUUGAAGCCUAUAAAAAUAUUCCAGGAGAAGACAUCAAAGCUCUGGAGAAUAUAAUAGUCACACAGAUUUCAGAUUAGCAUUGUUUUAUUAACACAUUCGUAGUGUAGCCCAGUGUUCAUCAAUGUACUGUAUGAAGAACAGAAACUGUCAUCCUUCACACUGGACAUGUUUUCAGAUUCACAGUCAUAUGUGUGUAAUCUUCAUUGAACAAGAGUCAGCAAUUUUAAAGACAAAACAUCAAAAUGAGGUUCAAGAUACAUCUGUGUCUCUUAAUCAUAAUGAGAUAUAAUCAUACAUGAAUGUAUAAAAGUGCCUUCAGUAACCAG